AUGGGAAAUCUCCUCACGCCACGCCGCCGGGAUUCCUACUCCCAAUCUGGCAGUGCACGCACACCCCACUCCCUACACGACCCAAUGCCUAACCAAAUAGGAGCAUGGAUCAAAACGGAGAGGGGAGUUCGACGACUCAUGAAGGAAGAAGUUGCACGGGGACUGGGCAUCCCCAAAGGCUGCAAAACUGAACUGUCACACAAGAGCCUCCAACGAACUACAUCACUUUUCCAUUGGGAAUACCUUUUUUUCUUGCUACAACAUUUGUUCAGCCACCCAACACAUACACCCGGAAAAACGACACAGGGACCAAAGACCGGGAACCACUUGUCCGGGGCAACCACCACACUUGACAAUGAUGUGUUCAAUUGGCAUCCCCCAAAUCUUUCCUCGGGUAGCCCCUGGCACACACUACGACUUGCCAACCUCCGCUGGGCCGCUGACCAUUAUCCAGAACCAGACAACAUCUACUGGGAUGCCGCCCAACGACUAGCCGUCCACCGGAACAACUACAACUCAGAGGGACCGGACCCCAAACGACUUCAACUUUCAUGGUGA